AAUAAUUAUAAUUAUAAUUUAAUGUCCCAAUUGAUCCAUUCGUUGAAAGUGCCAUCAUCCUGUUCACAUAAUCCAAAAGACAUUAGAUUAGACAUGUCUUGGAUUCCCAAACCAGAAACAAAACCAUUAUUCCCAUUUGAUGAUUCAUUAAAUAGAUUAAAAUUAGGUGUUGAUGCUAACAUAGGUGCAGUAGUAGUUAUUAACUUUGAAAUUGUUGGUUCUGUAAUUGAUGAUGAUGGUGUAUCUGCGUUGGAAUACGUUGAUUAUGUUGAUUAUGUUGAUUAUGUUGUUGAUUAUGUAGACGAAGAUUUGUUCGGUGAUGAAGGCGUUGACGAAGCCAAAGAUGAAGUUGAUGAUUGUGAUGGAGAAAGUUGUG